GGGAGGGGCGUCAAGAUGGCGGCGGGGAGGUAGGCAGAGCCGGACGCCGCUGCUGCCGCCGCCACCGCCGCCUCCGCUCCAGUCGCCUCCGGUCCUUCAAACUCGCACCUCCCGGGAGGAGCUGUCCUGGCGCCGGGUCCCGCGGGGAAAAUGGUGGAACCAGGGCAAGAUUUACUGCUUGCUGCUUUGAGUGAGAGUGGAAUUAGUCCGAAUGACCUCUUUGAUAUUGAUGGUGGAGAUGCAGGGCUUGCAACUCCAAUGCCUACCCCAUCAGUUCAGCAGUCAGUGCCACUUAGUGCAUUAGAACUAGGUUUGGAGACCGAAGCAGCAGUUCCUGUUAAACAAGAACCAGAGACUGUACCUACUCCAGCACUAUUAAAUGUGAGGCAGCAGCCUCCAUCUACUACAACAUUUGUGCUGAAUCAAAUAAAUCAUCUUCCACCCUUGGGAUCUACAAUUGUAAUGACUAAAACACCACCUGUAACAACCAACAGGCAAACCAUCACUUUAACUAAGUUUAUCCAGACUACUGCAAGCACACGCCCGUCAGUCUCAGCACCAAUAGUACGAAAUGCCAUGACUUGUGCACCUUCAAAAGACCAAGUUCAGCUGAAGGAUCUACUGAAAAAUAAUAGUCUUAAUGAACUCAUGAAACUAAAGCCACCUGCUAAUAUUGCUCAGCCAGUAGCAACAGCAGCUACUGAUGUAAGCAAUGGUACAGUAAAGAAAGAAUCUUCUAAUAAAGAAGGAGCUAGAAUGUGGAUAAACGACAUGAAAAUGAGGAGUUUUUCCCCAACCAUGAAGGUUCCUGUUGUAAAAGAAGAUGAUGAACCAGAGGAAGAAGAUGAAGAAGAAAUGGGUCAUGCAGAAACCUAUGCAGAAUACAUGCCAAUAAAAUUAAAAAUUGGCCUGCGUCAUCCGGAUGCUGUAGUGGAAACCAGCUCUUUAUCCAGUGUUACUCCACCUGAUGUUUGGUACAAAACAUCCAUUUCUGAGGAAACCAUUGAUAAUGGCUGGUUAUCAGCAUUGCAGCUUGAGGCAAUUACAUAUGCAGCCCAGCAACAUGAAACUUUCCUACCUAAUGGAGAUCGUGCUGGCUUCUUAAUAGGUGAUGGUGCUGGUGUAGGAAAAGGAAGGACGAUAGCAGGAAUCAUCUAUGAAAAUUAUUUGUUGAGUAGAAAACGAGCAUUGUGGUUUAGUGUUUCAAAUGACUUAAAGUAUGAUGCUGAAAGAGAUUUAAGGGAUAUUGGAGCAAAAAACAUUUUGGUUCAUUCAUUAAAUAAGUUUAAAUAUGGAAAAAUUUCUUCCAAACAUAAUGGGAGUGUGAAAAAGGGUGUUAUUUUUGCUACUUACUCUUCACUUAUUGGUGAAAGCCAGUCUGGCGGCAAGUACAAAACUAGGUUAAAACAACUUCUGCACUGGUGUGGUGAUGACUUCGAUGGAGUGAUAGUGUUUGAUGAGUGUCAUAAAGCCAAAAACUUAUGUCCUGUUGGUUCUUCAAAGCCAACCAAGACAGGCUUAGCAGUUUUAGAGCUUCAGAACAAAUUGCCAAAAGCCAGAGUUGUUUAUGCUAGUGCAACUGGUGCUUCUGAACCACGCAACAUGGCCUAUAUGAACCGUCUUGGCAUAUGGGGUGAGGGUACUCCAUUUAGAGAAUUCAGUGAUUUUAUUCAAGCAGUAGAACGGAGAGGAGUUGGUGCCAUGGAAAUAGUUGCUAUGGAUAUGAAGCUUAGAGGAAUGUACAUUGCUCGACAGCUGAGCUUUACUGGAGUGACCUUCAAAAUUGAGGAAGUUCUUCUUUCUCAGAGCUAUGUUAAAAUGUAUAACAAAGCCGUCAAGCUGUGGGUCAUCGCCAGAGAGCGGUUUCAGCAAGCUGCAGAUCUGAUUGAUGCCGAGCAACGAAUGAAGAAGUCCAUGUGGGGUCAGUUCUGGUCUGCUCACCAGAGGUUCUUCAAAUACUUAUGCAUAGCAUCCAAAGUUAAAAGGGUUGUACAACUAGCUCGAGAGGAAAUCAAGAAUGGAAAAUGUGUUGUAAUUGGUCUGCAGUCUACAGGAGAAGCUAGAACAUUAGAAGCUUUGGAAGAGGGCGGGGGAGAAUUGAAUGAUUUUGUUUCAACUGCCAAAGGUGUGUUGCAGUCACUCAUUGAAAAACAUUUUCCUGCUCCAGACAGGAAAAAACUUUAUAGUUUGCUAGGAAUCGAUUUGACAGCUCCAAGUAACAACAGUUCACCAAGAGAUAGUCCUUGUAAAGAAAAUAAAAUAAAGAAGCGGAAAGGUGAAGAAAUAACUCGAGAAGCCAAAAAAGCACGAAAAGUAGGUGGCCUUACUGGUAGCAGUUCUGAUGACAGUGGAAGUGAAUCUGAUGCCUCUGAUAAUGAAGAAAGUGACUAUGAGAGCUCUAAAAACAUGAGUUCUGGAGAUGAUGACGAUUUCAACCCAUUUAGAGAUGAGUCUAGUGAGGAUGAUGAAAAUGAUCCCUGGUUAAUCAGAAAAGACCACAAGAAAAACAAAGAGAAAAAAAAGAAGAAAAGUAUAGAUCCAGAUUCUAUUCAAAGUGCCUUAUUAGCAUCAGGUCUUGGAUCAAAACGACCUAGUUUUUCAUCUACACCAGUUAUCUCACCUGCUCCUAACAGUACACCAGCUAACAGUAAUACCAACAGUAACAAUAGCCUUAUAACAAGUCAGGAUGCUGUGGAAAGGGCUCAGCAGAUGAAGAAAGACCUGCUUGAUAAGCUAGAAAAAUUAGCUGAAGACCUCCCCCCUAAUACCCUGGAUGAACUUAUCGAUGAACUUGGUGGCCCUGAGAACGUUGCUGAGAUGACCGGCCGCAAGGGACGGGUUGUCAGCAAUGAUGAUGGAAGCAUAUCUUACGAGUCAAGAUCUGAACUUGAUGUGCCUGUGGAAAUACUAAACAUCACAGAAAAACAGCGAUUUAUGGAUGGAGAUAAGAAUAUUGCUAUCAUCUCAGAAGCUGCCAGCUCAGGUAUUUCAUUACAAGCAGAUAGGAGAGCUAAAAAUCAAAGACGAAGAGUUCAUAUGACUUUAGAAUUACCCUGGAGUGCUGAUAGAGCAAUUCAACAAUUCGGACGAACUCAUAGAUCAAACCAAGUGACUGCUCCUGAAUAUGUCUUUCUGAUUUCUGAACUGGCAGGAGAACAAAGAUUUGCAUCUAUUGUUGCUAAAAGACUUGAGAGUUUGGGGGCACUUACACAUGGCGAUAGAAGAGCGACAGAAUCUAGGGAUCUGAGCAGGUUCAACUUUGAUAAUAAGUAUGGAAGAAAUGCUUUAGAAAUUGUCAUGAAAUCCAUUGUAAACUUGGAUUCUCCUAUGGUGUCACCACCUCCAGACUAUCCUGGAGAAUUUUUUAAAGAUGUUCGACAAGGACUGAUAGGAGUUGGCCUGAUAAAUGUAGAAGAUCGCUCGGGAAUUCUUACUCUCGAUAAAGAUUAUAACAACAUAGGAAAAUUCUUAAAUAGAAUUUUAGGCAUGGAGGUACAUCAGCAGAAUGCAUUAUUUCAGUAUUUUGCGGACACACUUACUGCAGUUGUUCAAAAUGCCAAAAAAAAUGGAAGAUAUGAUAUGGGAAUCUUAGAUCUUGGUUCUGGAGAUGAAAAGGUGAGGAAGAGUGAUGUUAAAAAGUUUCUGACUCCAGGGUAUUCAACCUCUGGCCACGUAGAAUUAUACACAAUUAGUGUAGAGAGGGGAAUGUCAUGGGAGGAAGCUACCAAGAUUUGGGCUGAGCUGACAGGACCAGACGAUGGCUUUUACUUGUCAUUGCAAAUAAGGAACAACAAGAAAACUGCCAUCUUAGUUAAAGAAGUGAAUCCUAAAAAGAAACUUUUCUUAGUAUAUCGACCAAAUACUGGGAAACAGCUCAAAUUAGAAAUUUAUGCUGAUCUAAAAAAGAAAUAUAAGAAGGUCGUCUCAGAUGAUGCCCUGAUGCACUGGUUAGAUCAGUAUAAUUCAUCUGCAGAUACUUGUACUCAUGCUUAUUGGCGCGGCAAUUGCAAAAAAGCAAGCUUGGGGUUAGUUUGUGAAAUAGGUCUUCGUUGCCGUACAUAUUAUGUAUUAUGUGGUUCAGUGCUGAGUGUCUGGACAAAAGUUGAGGGUGUUCUAGCAUCUGUCAGUGGCACAAACGUGAAGAUGCAGAUUGUGCGGCUAAGAACGGAAGAUGGGCAACGGAUUGUAGGUUUGAUCAUUCCGGCAAAUUGUGUGUCUCCUCUUGUAAAUCUCCUAUCAACUUCAGACCAGUCUCAACAGCUUGCGGUCCAACAGAAACAGCUAUGGCAACAGCAUCACCCUCAGAGCAUCACCAACUUGAGCAACGCAUAAAGAACAGACAGGUUUCAACAUGGAUGGAUCUGAAAUGCUGUUGAAGCAUAUCAUUUGCAUAAAAAUCAGGGACAGUUUCCAAAGAAUUAUAUAUUUUUUUCAGUUGUGCUCUCUCUAGUUAGUUUUUUUGGAAGUAAGGACAAACCUGGAAUAGAUAGCAAAACUGAAAAUCAGCAGUGCUGAUGGUGGUACAUAUGUCUUUCCUUUUGCUUCUCCCCGGUACUUCCCAUCUGCUUUUACUUUGGGUGAGCAGAGCGGGAUGUGUGUGUGCGUGUGUGUCAGUCUGUUUGUGAGUGUGUUAAAGGCUACAGACCACAGUUGGUUUAAAAUGCUUGGAACUUCCCAAACUGGCUUUACUUUAUGUUUAUACAGUGCUCAGGGUUAACGCAGUACAUCCAUGCCAUUGCUGUGGGAGGUAUCCCCGGAUGCAUGUGUUUUGAGUCUAUAAAUAUAGAAAAUAUAUAUUGGUUUCUUUUUCCAGCUUAAUAGGUUUAUUAAAGCAUGAAAUGAAAGGUUGCAUAUCAUGCAUUCAGGUUAUUUUCUAAUUUUUGUUCUGACAGUGCAUGUCUUUGAAAGCAUGCGUAAACAAGAUUAACACAGAAGUCGAGUAACAGAGAGAAACAUUUGUUAGAUGUACAGCAUUGGUUAUUGCAUUUUUAUAGUGUUUAUACCUGGGUAUUGCUUCAAAUCCUGCAGACCCCUCCUGCCCCUUCUCCCUGCCCUAGGUUUCUGGUCAAGGUAAUGAGUACAUACAUUUUUCUGUGAUAAAACUCUUAAAAGUUAAUUUUAAUGUAUUAAUAGUAUUCCUAAUGUGUGCUGCAGAAAUGGCUAUAAGCCUCUUAAAUUUACAUUUUCAACUUAAAGGUAGUUUUAGAAAGAAGUACAAAUUGGCUUUCAUCUUGCAAACAAUCGUUUUUUACUUAAUUAGCUUAAUUUGCUUUAUCACUCAUGAAAAGGAAACCAUACUUGAGUUGUAGACAAUGAGGAAACACUUGAGGCUUCUGCUGUAUGUUUUUUUAUUACUGUUAUUGUUGUUACUCAGUAACUUGAAUAUUGUUUAAUGUGUUGUAAGACAUUGUAGAGUUUAUCUCAAGCUGUUAAAAAUGGUAAUGUACAAAUGUGAAUAGACACUUAUCUAUAUAAUAUGGGUAAGUUUUGUUUCGCCUAUAAUAGAUGUUUAUAAAAACAAGUGAGGGGACAGUUGGUCUUUUUAUUUCUUUUUCUUUCUUUUUCUUUUUUUUUUUCUUUUUUCUGUUUUUUUUUGUUUUUGUUUUUGUUUUUUUUUUUUUUUUUUUUUUUUUUUAUUUUUUUUAUUUUGCUUACACAGGUUGCACUAUUGAAAAAUCGAGAUUGUAUAAACCUGGUAAAAAGCUGCAAGAUGCCAAAAUCUUGUAGAUGUCAAAUAAAAAGUUAUUAUACUAACAAGAAGUGGACUCUUGUUUAGGCCCUCACUGGUGACCUUCAGAAGUAGUCUGUGACGGGGACUCAGCAGAACUUGUGUGUUGCCUCAGCAUUCCAGGUAGCCUUAUAGUUUGGCUUAAAACUUAUCCCUAAAAUUUGAGAUGGCGUUGAGGGAAGGGGUAUAAUGAUAGUACUUCCGAGUGUUUUUUAAGUUGAAUUAUUUGCUGUGUUAACUUUUUAAACUUCUUGCAGAAUUGGGUGAGAUGUGUGUUAAAACUGACAAACCUGGCUGAAAGCUGAGGGCAUUCAUCCUCUUGUGUCUCCUUUAGCCUGAGUUUGGUUAUGUCAAGCUUACCGUAAGUUUUCUUAGGAUUUAUUUAUUCUUGGUGCCUAAAAGAAUAAAUUGAAAGUACUUUCUGUUCUUUGGCACAUUUUGCCCAGUGGAUGCAACUUCUAUCCUCAGUCCAGUUCAUAUAUCUCAGGCAGUGAUCCAUUUUAUAUCAGCCAGUUUUCCUUGUUAGGGCCACUAGACCCGGCUGGCAGCCAAGAGCAGCACUGUCCCCACCUUCAGCAGAACUUCUCAGCUCAUGUGUGUGUUUUUAAAGCAGUAGUCAGCUUCCAUCAGCAAUGGAAGUGUCCCCCACUCCAGCAGAGGUACAGUCGCUGGACCUGAGGAAGGGAAGCAUUACAAACCCUGCAGUGAGACAGAGUGGCAGAGUUGGGAAGGAUCUUCUCUCACAGGCUGUUGACCCAACUCCUCUUUCUGUGUGUGAGGACAUCUUAGUUUUUUACGGCAUUUUCAAAGCAGCAUAUGAGGGUUCUUAGCAUGCAGCUAAUAAUUGACAACCCCCAUGGCCCAUGAUGUAAUGUUUGCUCUGGACUAGCCAUCUUGAUACAUAGGAGUGUAUGUAUAUUAGGUUCUUUGUAGAACAGCUUUUUUUUGUUGUUUUUUUCAUUUAAAAGGCCUCUGAAAGCCCUCUCAGAACGGACCUCAAAAAGGCAACCAGUGUUGAAUGGAUGGGAGCUGCGGCGAUGCAUGCCCAGGCUGGCCAUGGUGUGUGCAGCACCCAGAGAGUUGCACCCACCCCUUCUUCAGGUGGAUAUCCGACCUUUACACUGUGGUCUUACAAAACUCAGCAAGUUCAGUUUGGCUGCCCUGUGAAACUUGAGCAUUCAAGGUCCUCUUCUGUUAAAACCCAACUCUUGGCUGGCCGCGGUGGCUCACGCCUGUAAUCCCAGCACUUGGGGAGGCUGAGACUGGCGGAUCACUUGAGGCUAGGAGUUCGAGACCAGCCUGGCCAACAUGGCGAAACCCCAUCUCUGUCAAUAAAUACAAAAAAUUAGCCGCUAACUUCUGUAAAAUAGGUCCAUUCAUUGCAGGAUCUAAGUGUCACACCUGACUUCAGAGGCCUUGUUUAAUUAACCCCAUGUCCUCUUUGCCUCUGCAAUGCCUUUUUCUUCUUUUUAGCAAUAUGGCUCUGAGCACAAAGAUUUGAUUGGAAAUCAUGUUCGGGUUUUCAGAGUUUACAGUGUCGGUUGUACUGAAAACCCCUUCCAGAGUCUAAAGCAGCUCAGAUGUUAUCUCGGGGGAAUUAGUGUUCCCCUAAUUUAGCAACCUCCGUACCACAAGGUCCUAUCUGUAGUUACUGGGAUUAUCCAGAGACACUAUCAGUGAUACAAAUUCAUAGAUGUAUUAAUGCAUUUCUUUAAACAUGACUUGAUUAAGAAGCAGAUAUGUUAAGCAGUUUUCUUUUCCUGCUGCUAAAUUGCAGUUAGACACUUCAGUAUCUUCUCUUUACAUGUGUAUAUAAAUUAGUAAGAACCUGCAUUCAAAGCAAUGUAGUAGUGUGUGUGUGUAUCUAUACAUAUUUAUUCUAACUCAGCACUUCAGAAGCCUUUUUGAGUUACACCAAUAUUUUAGUUUGCUUCAUCUAUAGAGGUAAAAGUUCUGUAUUACCAAGCUCCAGAGGAAUAUGAUAUUUUACAGGCACAAUUUUCUGGCUGUAGCCCCUGCGGCAUUCAUUUGCUGGCCUCCAUGGGAUGCUGUUAGAACAACUGUUAGCCAGCAAGAGAAGAAAGGGGUACCAGGACAGCAUUUACCGUUGCUGAAUGAGAGCCUUCUUCCCUCUCCCCUCCGCUUUCAUUUUAGCAUGAGAGAAAAAAAAGAUUGGAAAUGAUUGUUGCAUCUCACUUCAUGAAAGUAGGGGCAUAAGUUCCCUCUGGAUCCUUUUCUUGACAAGCAGUCAAGAGGAAGGUCCCCAUACACAUGUCCCUGUGUGAUACUUGGUAGUUUCUGAGAAUGGUGCUACAUAAGCGUUGCUAUUAGGCUGGGAUCCUAUUAAUGAACGUUUGGUUAGUUCAGGCUUCCCAGUGGCAAAGGCAGACACCGUGGAGAUGGACAUUUACUGACUCCCUCCUUUGUGGCUUCGGUCUCCCUGGCUAACACCACACCUGUGCGUACUGCGCUUGGCCCACUUUGCUGCAGAAACAUAACGAGUGUUUCAUGUCAGCUACAGCUGAGAGCAAAAACUGUAGAAAAAAAGUCUCAUUGGAUGCCAGUUGUCUGAUACCAAUGCAGUGUCUUUUAAGUGACAGAAACACACCUAAAUACCUGCAACUCAAGCUCGCUAGCAUUUUUUUUUUUUUGAGUACUUGAGAUAAAAUCCAAAACCCACCCUCUAAUUUUAUGCUGUAUUUAUAUAUAUGUACAUAAAUGUAUAUAUAUAGAAAUGUCGAGUUCUUCUGGAUUCUGAAUGUAAAUAAUUCUUGUAAAUUGGGACUCCGCCCACCUGUUUCUCCCUUUUCCCUCUUCCCUUCAGCUCUAUUUAUUCUUUUCUUGACUUUCCCAUAUGGGGCAUCUUACGAUUUUUUUUGUUUUUUGUUUUUCAUUUAGAAAAGUAUGGAAAACUUUUCAUUUAGAAAAGUAUUUGUUCCUGUAUUUUAGAAUUCAGUUUUGCAUCUUUGCUGUAGAAUUCCUGUUUUGUGUUAAUGUUUUUUACUAUGUCUUACUGUGUUCUGCAUUUUGAUUGUGUGCAAUGCAUUGUACUGGGGGGAUGUACUUGAGUGCCAUUUCUGAUACAUUGUAUGACUGCUCAUGCUCAUUUAUGUUGUUCUUUGGAAGCUAUAGUGAGCCUGAUGUUUUCACAUUUUAAAAAAUGCUUCCUGAGACUUCUUUAAGCUCCUCUAACUUCUUCAGUGCAUUUGGGAUCAAACUUAGCUCUUAGAUCAGCAAACCUGACUUGCUCCUACUUUUGCAGUUUUUCAGGCCUUACCAUAUUUCUUAUCUCUGGCUUCCCACCUGAUAGGAAAAUCUAGCAGAUUUGAAACAGUGGUUUCUGGCCUGCUGCUGCAGCAAAUUCCCUAUGUUUAUUUAAGAAGUUGGGCCUAUACUUUUAGCCUACAAAUAAUGAGUGAUACUUGCAGUGAACACAGGUAGCCUGCUGCUGUUUAUAACCGGUUGAGGAUAUUUAUAGCAGGCAGGAGGCAGACCUAGUGUGUUAUUGACAGGUGACUUUAGAGAAUGUACAUCGGCGGGGCGUGGUGGCUCACGCCUGUAAUCCCAGCACUUUGGGAGGCUGACGAGGGCGAAGCACGAGGUCAGGAGAUCAAGACCAUCCUGGCUAACAUGGUGAAACACCGUCUCUACUAAAAAUACAAAAAAAAAUUAGCCGGGCGUGGUGGCGGGCGCCUGUAGUCCCAGCUACUCGGGAGGCUGAGGCAGGAGAAUGGCGUGAACCCAGGAGUCAGAGUUUGCAGUAAGCCGAGAUGGCACCACUGCACUCUAGCCUGGGCAACAGAGCUAGACUCUGUCUCAAAAAAAAAAAAAAAAAGAAUGUACAUUAAGGAACAAUUGUCCUCCAAAAGAGAGCCAAGCAACUGCUGUGGAGCCUCCUAGGCUGACUCUGCUGGAGGGUGAGAGAGGCAGGUGCCCAUUGCAGCACUGGCCCCUAGGGUCCCCUGAGCGGUUGUGCUCUCCACCCUUGUAUCGGUGAGUGGAUCUUGACUGCAUCAGCCACAAGCCUAGAAGCAGAGCUGGAUCAAGGUGUUUUUAAUAAUUGGAGUUGGGAAGACCCGGAUGGCUCAUGAAAAUGGUGGUGUUUGGCACCCGGGAGGCAGACAUUGGGUAUUUGUUCACAAUUUUGCACCUGUAAGAGCAUGUUCCUUUAUAGCUUUCAGGAGGGAUUGCCGUGAGCGUCUUCGGCGCCUUUCAUUCAUGUACAAGUUUCAUUCAUUACUAUUCAACUUGGUAGACUUGGUGAAAAUGUAAAAGCAUUCCGUAUUUGGAUCAGUCUUGGGAACUAAAUUUGUCGUGAAUUGGGGCCUGUCACAGAUUGCCUCCAGUGUGCAUCCACCACUCAGACCCUCCUUGCUCAUUCUCUGGAGCCCAUGGAGAAGCUGUGCUGUGGUUGGCAGUGUGGCCAUCUGGGCUGCAGCAACGUGGCAGUCCAGCAAGACUGCCCUUCAGUGCAGGGCUAAGCUAGGAAAAGAAGAAGCCCAAAAAAGCAGGUUCUUUUUGGUACUUGUAAUUCAGGCGUCCUCCAGAGUGAAGGCCACUCUGCAGGCCCCUGGUGAGAACCUGCCUGGCUUUUCCACUGUGGGCCCCUAACCAGUACCCUGCCCUUGCGGCCCAUUUGUGCCUGGGCAGAUGUUUCUGGCCAGCAGACACUGAAGGCCUUUUUGCUCUGACAGUAUUUAUGGCACUGAAGAGGAUAAAGAAGCUUGAGCCCUCUUUCUGACUCCUACUUUAUGGGACAGAGAGAGCUUUUUUUCUCCAUAGCACAUCGCAGUCUCACCGCUAUCGGAAAAAUAUCCUGUUCAUGGUUUAUACUGAAUUUGCAAACUACUGAUAGGAGUUUUCAAUAACCACUUGUAUCUUCCAUCAUCCAUGAGAGGUGGGAAGAGGUACACUGUAUCUCUGCAAUAAAACUUUUGCCAGGUUCUACCUCCUCUGAGCAAAGGAUACUUUUCUAUGUAGGCAUAGAUCGUUCUCCUUUACUAAUCUGACAUGGUGCAUCUGGAGACAACGUCUGGUGGAAUCCAAAGACAACUUGAAACAAAGGCGGUUGUCAGCUCUUGGUUUGUUUUCAUUUCGUUCUCUUUUUUAAAUCUCCCUUUUGUUAUCGCUUCUGUUGUAGCGUGUCCAUCAGUGUGUGAAGGGUACGCCCUGUUCUAACGAUACUGCAUUGCUGCAUCCAGCCUUUCGUGGGAGCGCAGUACCAAGUGUCCGGAAUUGAUUAUCCUGACCACUUUUGAUAUGUAACUGAAAAAUUUGGUCUCAUGCAAUAAAAAUGUACUGGCUGCAUUUUAGCAAGGUUUACUCUUGCAAGUAAAAACGAUCAACCGUGAAGCGUAACAAAUUCUGUAUUUAGUUUCUUUUGUUGUUGUGGUUUUUGUUUUGUUUUUUGUUUUUGUAAGAUUCUCAAUAAAUUAAAUACGAGUCA